AUGGCUAUACUGCAACUUUUAAUCAUCUUAUGGUCUCUACCAUACUUCCUAGAAGCACAAAUUCAAUAUUCUCACACGGCCCUAGUGUCCACAACAUGGACAAAUAAUAAUCUGUCCUUGCCAUCAAUCUCUAGUGCCAGUCGGAUCAUUUUGUUGAAUGAGAAUGGUUUUGCUUGUGGAUUCUACACGGACUAUGGUGGGUUUUUCUUCGCCAUCGGGAUAGCCGAAGCCUGGACAGAUUGGACUGCUGGGAAUGGUAGCUGGCAUUUUAGCCAUCUAACAUGGGUGGCAAACAGAAAUAUGUCUGUUAGCGAGAAUGCAACUCUGCAGUUUCUCCCAGAAGGAAAUUUGGUCUUAAGAGAUGCAGAUGGGACUUUGGUUUGGUCUACCAACACUUCUAACAUGUCUGUUGUAGGUAUGAAGAUGAUGGAAACAGGAAACCUUGUUCUUUACAAUCGAAACAACAAGACCGUCUGGCAGUCUUUUGAUUAUGCGACAGACACGCUGCUCCCUGGGCAGAAACUGGUGGUAGGGCAGAAACUGGUGGCUAGUGUUUCCAUAGGUAAUAGAUCAGAGGGAAGCUUCUUUCUUUCUGCUACAUCUGCAGGUUUGUCUGCUUUUUACCAAGCUAAUGUCCCACAAAUGUACUACAAAUCUUUUAAUACAUUUGACUACUCAGAGAUCAAGAGCAUCCAACUAGAUUACACUGUGUCUGAUAAUGGUACUUUAUGUCAAUUUAUUAUGUCUGCUUCAACUGGUUAUGUUAAACCAUUGUCUAGAAGCUCCUAUAGAUGCUCACAAACAAGUUUUAUAAAAUAUGAUCCUGAUGGGCAUCUCAGAUUUUAUGAUGAUACUUUAGACCAGCCUGCGGAUUUAUUGGCAGACGAAAUGGAUGAAUGUGAUUACCCAACAUCUUGCGGUACUUAUGGGAUCUGCUCAAAUGGAAAGUGCUCGUGUCUGUCAGGAUUUGCUCGAGAUAAUGACUCGAUGGCUCAAGGAAAAUAUGGAUGUGUAGAGAUUAAUCCAAUCACAUGUGAAGUUCCCCAACGUUCUCUGUCUCUCCUUACAUUGGAAGAUGUCUAUUACUUCAAUUAUAUUGACCCUGAUGCUGCAGCGUUAAAAGAGACGGACAUGAAGAGCUGUCAAGAGGCUUGCUUAAAAAAUUGUUCGUGCAAAAUUGCUCUAUUUCUACAGACGGGUGCUUUUCUGAGGGGGAAUUGUUUUCUACCCUCACCAGUUCUUUCGCUUACAAGGGAUGCAGAGGGACCAUUUACGAAUUAUAUUCAAGUAUACAAGUCAUAUGCAUUUAUCAAAGUCUCCAAUCAUGGAAAGAUUGGGAGAGUUUCUCGUCAAAUAAUAGCAGGAUCAACAACUGGAAUCAUCGUUCUAGUAGGUCUGGUUGUAGGCUUGUGGAUUGUGCUUUUAAGGAAGAGAAAAAAUGGAGCGGAAGGAAUGGAAGAUUUCCUUAAUCAACUACCAGGAAUGCCCUCGAGAUUCACAUAUGAGGAACUGAAAGCAGCGACUGGGGAUUUCCACAAGAAGCUUGGAAAAGGAGGGUUUGGCUCCGUGUUUGAGGGAAAUUUAGAAACUGGAGAGAAAAUUGCAGUGAAAUGUCUCGAAGGUUUAGGCCAAGGGAAGAAGGAAUUCUUGGCAGAGAUCAAGACUAUAGGAAGUAUCCACCAUGUCAACCUGGUGAGACUAAUCGGAUUCUGUGCAGAUAAGUUCAAUAGGCUUUUAGUCUACGAGUUCAUGUGCAACGGGUCGUUGGACAGUUGGAUAUUCCAUAAAGAACCACAACAACCUUCCCUAGAUUGGGAAGGUAGAAGGAGAAUUAUCUUGGACAUAGCAAAGGGACUGGCCUAUCUCCAUGAAGAAUGCAGGCAGCGAAUAGUCCAUUUAGACAUUAAACCCCAAAACAUCCUGCUUGACGUAAAGCUACACGCUAAGAUAUCAGAUUUUGGCUUGUCCAAGCUGAUUGAGAAGGAUCAACGCCAAGUGGUGACAACAAUGAGAGGAACUCCAGGAUAUUUGGCUCCUGAAAUGUUUAGCUCAGUAAUCACAGAGAAGGCAGAUGUUUACAGCUUUGGAGUUGUAGUCGUGGAAGUUGUCUGUGGAAGGAAAAUUUUGGAUAGGUCACAGCCUGAGUGCAAACAUUUGCUACCUAUUUUUAUGAAGGCGGCACAGGAGGGUCAAUUGAUUGAUAUGGUUGACAAUAACAAUGAGGAUAUGCAAUUGCACAGGUCAGAAGCUGCGGAGACGAUGAAGGUUGCUACUUGGUGUCUGCAAAGUGAUUACACCAGAAGGCCUAGCAUGUCAACUGUGGUUAAGAUUUUAGAGGGCAAAACGGAUUUUCAAGCAGACCUAGACUUUUGCCUUGAGAAUCCAACAGCAAUAAGAAAAGAGGCAGAGCUGGGCACUACAACCACAUUGCUGCCGUCACUGCUAUCAGGCGCAAGGUGA